AUGGCCUUGCUCACGGUAGACUUCACCAAUGCUUUCAACAUGGUUGACCGCUCAGCGUUCCUCCAACAGGUCCACCAACGUUGUCCAUCUAUCUAUCGGUGGGUCCAGUUCCUGUACGCCCAACCCGCUAGGUUGUAUGUUGGCAGCGAUUGUAUUAGGGCCACCAUUGGAGUGCAACAAGGAGAUCCCUUGGGGCCCCUUCUCUUUGCCCUAGCCUUACACCCACUUAUUCUUCGUGUCCAGGAGCACUGUAACCUCCCCUUUCAUGCUUGGUAUUUGGAUGAUGGCACGGUUAUUGGUAAUGCAAUGGAAGUUGCUAAGGCAUUGGACAUCAUCAACACGGAGGGACCAUCCCUAGGGCUCCAUCUCAAUAUUAAGAAAACGGAAGUGUACUGGCCAUCGUGUGACGGUCUCAAGGUUCAGGACGGAAUUUUCCCGAGAGGGAUAAGUAGACCUGAGAGGGGGGUUAAGCUCCUUGGGGGGGCGGUUAGCCGAGAUUCUGCUUUUAUCGGGGAAUUAGCAGGGCGGCGGGCAUUGAAAGCGGUUGACCUUAUGAAACUCUUGCCCUGCCUUCAGGACCCCCAGUGCGAGCUUCUUCUUUUAAGGCCAUGCAUGGGGGUAGCUAAGUUACUAUUUGGGUUGCGGACCUGCCAACCCCACUUGAUGGCCAAUGCAGUAUCCUGUUUUGAUGAUGGUCUUCGAGAGGCUAUCGAAGACAUUGUUGUUUGCGGGGGGUCCUACUUCGGUGACCUUCAGUGGCGUUUGGCAUCUUUGCCGAUGCGUCUGGGGGGUUGGGCCUCCUCUCAGCUCGGGAUGUUGGAGUUUAUGCUUUUGUGGCGUCUAGAGCUCAGUCGUAUGUAUUGCAAGACCAUAUCCUUCGGAACAGCGGGGUUGUUAAGCUUGACGUAG